AUUUUCAUUGAUGAAAACAAGUUUAAUUUGACGUGAAUUAAAUUUAUUUGUUAAACGUGUCCAAAAAGGAGAAUGGAAAGUUUAGAACAAUCAAAUCAAAACCGUUCAUAUCGACUUCCUACAAAUUCAAUACCUUUAAGCUAUGAAAUCAUUAUAAAAUCAAAUAUUCAUGAGAAGGAUUUUGAGUUUAGUGGAAAUGUCAACAUUCAUUUGAAAAUACUUGAAGCUACUGAUACAAUAACAUUACAUUGUAGAGAACUAGAAAUUGAAAAGAUUAACCUAUAUUAUGUUGAUAGAAGUGAUUUACUUUUCUAUAAUUUAACUUAUAAGUUUAUCAAGUCUCAUGACUUUCUAAUCAUUUCCUUACCAAGAGUUUUCUUUAAAACCGAAGAAUUUAAUCUUGAUUUAACUUAUUAUGGUGAACUGAAAAAUGAACCAUCUGGAUUUUAUGCAGCAUCUUAUACAGAUGAAGAUGGAAAUUCUAUUUGGUAUGCUGCAACAAAGUUUCAAAUAGAUUGUGCACGAUAUGUAAUGCCUUGUUAUGAUGAACCUGGUAUUCGUGCUCCGAUGCGUCUGACAAUCAUUCAUGGGAAGAUUUACAAUGCAAUUUCUAAUAUGGAAGUUGAUGAAAAAGAAGAGCUAAUCGAUUUUUGUAUUACAAAAUUUCAGCAAACACCACCAAUGCAGACAUACCUUCUAGCAUUCGUCAUUUCCGAUUUUCAAUUUGUAAAUGCUGGAAAAUCGAGAAUUCCUCAACGAAUAUUUGCAAAACCAUCAUCGAUUAUAAAUGAUGAGACACAUUUUGCUGCAGACAUUGUUGGUUUAAUUUUAAAAACACAAGAGGAACAUUUUGGAAUAGAAUAUCCAUUAAAAAAGUUAGAUCAUGUUGCUUUACCACAUUUUAUAUUUGGUGCUAUGGAGAAUUUCGGACUUAUAAUUUAUUUAGAGCGUGCUUUACUACUUGAUCAAUAUUUAUUAAAAGAAAAUGAAGAAGGGAGAAAAAUGACUAUCAUUAGAAUUAUUACUCAUGAGCUAUUACAUCAAUUCUUUGGGAAUAUUGUUUCUCCAAAAUGGUGGAACUAUACAUGGUUAAGUGAAGGUUUAGCAACACUUUAUGAAGUUUACAUCGCAAAUAUUAUAUUUCCUGAAUACAACUUUAUGAAUCGGUUCAUCACAGUCAAUAUGCCGCUUGCAUUUAAAGAAGAUGUAAUGGGAUCGUGGUCAAUGAAUCAAUACACAGAAAAACCAAAUGAAUUGCGGAAUUAUUUUAGUAAAAUUGGAUUUGAAAAGUCCGGAUGUGUAAUGAGGAUGUUUCAAGAGGCUAUUACACCAAAAACAUUUGCAAAAGGAUUAAAUAUUUAUUUAAAAAAUUCAUUCAUGAAAGCAGUAACUCCAAGCGAUCUCCAUACAGGUCUUCAAACUGCUUAUAAUAAAGACCAUCCAUCAAAAUCAUUAAAUAUUGGUAAAUUAAUGUCAACAUGGGAGAAUCAAGCUGGAUAUCCUAUAGUAACUGUUCGAAUUUAUGGAACUUACAUAAUUCUAAGUCAACGUCGUUAUCCAAGCAGUAAUGGCGAGAUAUAUUCGAUUCCAUUAACAUUUGCAACUAAAUCAGAUCCUGAUUUUUCGAUAAAAAUUCCAAAGUUUUGGUUUAAUACAUCUUCAAUGCCUGUAUCAUAUUCUGUUAUAGACUUCAAUAUGAAUGAUUGGAUCAUCUUCAAUAUUCAACAAGUUGGGUAUUAUCGCGUAGAUUAUGACACCAAACUAUGGCGUGCAAUAAUUAAUCAACUCAUUGAGAAUUCAAGUUUGAUCCAUUCAUUUAAUCGAGCUGUAUUGCAAGACGAGAUUUAUUUAGCGUGGACAGAUUUUAAACGAGUUACAGCGUUUGAAUGUUUGGAUAUGUUAAGUUAUUUUGAUAAAGAAGACGAACCAAUUGCAUGGAGUAAAGCUGCAGCUUUGAUGACUAAUUUCCAUAAUCGUCUUUUUGGAACCUGUUUAUUCCAAAAGCUUCUUGAGUUCUUUCAAAAUAUUACAAAUCCUCAUGUUAAUGCACACGGAUUUGAAGCUGUCGACGGUGAAUCAUCAACAGUAAAAUCUUUAAGGAUUUCAACAAAAACCUGGAAUUGUCGAGUUCUUGGAGUUAAAUGUUUAGCUCAUGAGAUGCUUAAAUUGAAGAAAUAUUUGAGCACUAGAAAGAAACUUUCAAUCGAUUACUGUGCAGCCUUUCGAAAUCUUGAUGAAGAGACAUUUUAUUCAUUAACAAAUCUAGUUUCAAUGAACAAGCAGUUUGAAAAUCGAGAAAACUUUUUGAACUCUCUGGGAUGUUCGUUAAAUAAGAAUAAUCUUAGAAAGUUCCUGGAAAUGUCAAUCAACUAUGACAAUAUUCUAACUGAAAAUGAAAGAAAGAACAUUUUAAAAAAUACAUCAGGAAAGAGCGUCAUUGCGCUGAAUGUAACUUUAGAGUUUAUUGGUGAAAAUUACACACAAAUAUGUAAAAAGAUAUCAUCAUCAACGAUGUACGAAAUCCUAUUAUCAAUAAGUUCAUGCAUAAAUUCACAUUUGCAUAUAAGUGAAUUAGAAGCGAUUAUGACGAAACUUGAUAAAGAUGAGCUAAUUAAUGAAGAUAAUAUUCUAUCAAUUCGAAAAAGAUAUUUAGAAAAUAUUAAAUGGCAAAGUGAUAAUUAUAAUGCAGUUGAGAAUUGGGUCUUUACAAAGAUUAAAUUAAACAAAAUUGAGAUGAAAAAUUAUAAUGCAUGCAGAGACAUGAAUAACAACAUGACAGAUCAAAAAAUUAAAACCAAAAAACGAAAGUUUUAUGAAACUUAAAGGAAUCUUCAAUGAAGCUAUUUGAAAAAGCUCAUUUUUCAUGUUAAAAAGCUCUUUAAUUUUUAAAAUCUCAUUUUCGGUUAAUAUUGUUAAAAUUGCAUACUUCUUUAGAUAACUUGCUGACUCUAUUAAAAAAGUCUUUUGAUAAAACUUUAAAGCAGCCAGGAAUUGUAUGUUUAAAUUGAUGAUAAAGGAAUGGUAUGUGACCCAAUGACAAUAGCUUAUAAGGAUGACUGCCAUAUUUAAAAUAUAUUUCAUAAGUUUUUGUACAUCUUUGGAAAAUGACACUAUCUGUCCAAAAUAAAAUUAUUUCUUGAUCAUUGAUUUUUCUAAUUCGAAGAUUUUGUAUCCUGUUUGAAUUUUUGGCAUUCUUGCUGCAUAUCCGAAUAUUCACAACAAAUGGUUCUUUUAAUUGUUGAUUCACAACAAACUUGCCAUUGACAAUUUUUGAUGGCUCUUCAAAAGUAAAUGGUCCUUGUGAAUUCCUCAUUUUUUCGAGCUCAUUUACAUCUGGAUACUUUGGUCUAUUAAGUCUAUCAUAAAUAUUUGAUGGAUUUGUUCUUUCGUUGUCAAUAGCUUCAAUAAAAACCAUCAAAUCAUUUCGUUUCGGUAGAUUGUUAAUCAUAAACUCAUAAGUAGCCGAAUUAUUCAUGUAAAAUUCAUUAUUAACAUGGCUAGUAAGAAGAAUACUUGAAAAGAAUUGUUCUGUGUUAUUAUUGACACUGACUACAUAUGAAAUAUUAUUAAUUCUUCGAACGUUUGACGCAUAUUUGCCUAAAUUUGACAUUAACCCGAGAGCUGUAAAAACAGGUUUUCGAAUAAAUUGUAAAUGUUUUGGUCUUGUAUUGUUAAUCUGAAAGCGAGCCAAUAAAGUUCUUUGGUCGAAAAUAAAAGGAUAAUAAUUCAUAAAACUGUUAUCAUGACUUAUGGACUCAAGAUUAGACAUUUGUCUAUCAAACAUUGCUUUCCAAUGUUGCAAUAUAAUUUCUGAAAGGAUCACAGCAUAUCGAGUGUCAGCUUGAAAAUCACGUGGCUCAGACCAUUUCUUUUUUGGAUCUGCUUCAGUAUUUGAAAAUUUCAUUUUUGACAAUUUUGGAUAUUUUUUGGAAAUCUCUUGUAAAAGAUUUAAUGUUGAAUCUAUAACUUCAUUAGCGCUACUCCCAUUGCCUUUACGAUGAAAAGUUAGAAUAUCAACAGGACAUGAUGAUAUGUUUUGGUUACAAAUUUCUAGCACAAUCCAACAAAAUUUAUGCUUCUUGAUAUCUUUGAACAAACCAGCAGGUCCACGAAGUUUUAACAUUUUGUUUGAGGAAUGCUCGCUGUUUA